GCUGCACUUUGAACCCCCGACUGAGCUCGGCCGCCCGGACAAGCUGUCAGCGAGAGCUUUGGCCAGGGGGGAGAAGAUGGCAAAUGCCCCCCUCAUACUCUCCAUGUGUCUUCUGGGAGCUUGUCUUGCUGCUGAAAACACAGUGUUCAUUGGGAGCCAAGAGGCCAGCUCGGUGCUGCAGAGGCAAAGGCGAGCCAACUCCAACAGGCUGGAGGAGGUCAUUCCCGGGAACCUCGAGAGGGAGUGCAUAGAAGAAAAGUGCAGCUAUGAGGAAGCCCGAGAAGUGUUUGAAAACGAAGAGAGAACGAUGCAGUUUUGGCAAACAUACGUUGAUGGGGAUCAGUGCAACCCCAACCCAUGCAAGAACGGAGCCGUUUGCAAGGAUGAAAUCAAUUCCUACGUGUGCUGGUGCCCGGCUGGCUACGAGGGCAAGAACUGUGAGAUAGACUUCACGUGUGCUAUCAAAAACGGAGGCUGCAAGCACUUCUGCAGUCAUCAGCCCCCACAGAGGGUUGUGUGCUCCUGUGCUGCUGGCUAUAAACUGCAUGAAGAUGGGAAGUCCUGCGAACCUACAGUGCCAUAUCCCUGCGGGAGGAUCACGGCUCCUGAAGCCAAGAGGAAGCUCACCCGGUCCAUGAACACCUUUGAGCACUGGAACAUCACGGGUGAUGACCCUGACGAUGGCCCCGGGGAGGUGCAGGACAACGCCACGGAAAGCAGCGCUGCUGCCAGCACCAGGAUCACACCUGUGCUCAGGACGGGCACGCGCGUUGUCGGCGGCUCGGACAGCAUGAAGGGAGAGGUGCCCUGGCAGGUUCUGCUGGUGAACAGCGAAGGCUUGGGCUUCUGCGGCGCAUCCAUCAUCAACGAGAAGUGGGUGGUGACAGCAGCACACUGCCUGAAGCCGGGCUACACCCACAACCUCACUGCUGUGGCAGGUGAACACGACGUCAGGAGCGACGACCACACGGAGCAGCUGCGCAAGGUGGUGACGCUGCUGCCCCACCCCACGUACAACGCCUCCAUCAACGAGUACCACAACGACAUCGCCCUCCUGGAGCUGGACCGGCCCCUCACCUUCAACAGCUACGUCACCCCCAUCUGCCUGGGCAGCCGCGAGUUCACCAACGCGCUGCUGAAGCAGGGCGUGGGCACGGUCAGCGGCUGGGGCAAGGUGCUGUUCCGCGGCCGCAAGGCCACCACCCUGCAGGUCCUCAAGGUGCCCUUUGUGGACCGGCCCACCUGCCUUAAGAGCACCUCCACCACCAUCCUGCAGAACAUGUUCUGCGCAGGCUUCCCGUCCGGGGGCAGGGACACCUGCGAGGGGGACAGCGGGGGGCCCUACACCACGGAGAUCGAGGGCACCUGGUUCCUCACGGGGAUCACCAGCUGGGGAGAGGAGUGUGCCCUGCCCGGCAAAUACGGCAUCUACACCAGGGUCUCCAAGUACGUGAAGUGGAUCAAGCAAACCACGAGGCUCCCCUGACCCCAGGGAGCGCGGUGUGCCAGGCUGGAGGAUGGACUGGGGACAUGGAGAGGGCCCACGGCAAUCUCCGUGGUUUUGAGAGAUCAUUGCAUUUCAAUAAACAUUUCUAAAUGAAGUAACUUUUGCUCUUGGAAGGCAGGAGUUGAGAGAAUGCAAUGUAAAUGUGGUAAUAAGGAAAUAAAAAGCCCUUUUAAUGA